AUGGGACGAUUGUACGUGGAAGUGUGGGAGAUGUGCGUGUACAAGCAAGGUCGGAGAUUCGAGGGUAUCUUGGGGAAGAACCGGUGGCGCAAGUGGUGCAAGUGGGAAGAGGUCUACGAGAUACACAAAGGCCACCUAGAGGAAGGAUUCACCUACGAGUUUGCCAGUGCGACUAUGGCCUAUAUCAGCUGCUUAAGAGACGAUAAAGACCCAAAUGCUAAGAGGGACAACUGUCCAAGACCGUGUACAAGCAAUCCGUGUAAUGGUCCUCACAUGAGUAAAUGUACAGAGACGGGUACGGACGUCUCCAAGUCUUACACGUGUUCCUGCGAUCCUGGUUGGCACUACAUUGCCGGAAAGAAGAAAUGUGAUGAUAAAAAUGUCUGUGGAACUGCGAAGGAGCUUUGUUCUCGCACAAAUACGAUCGAAUGCGUGAUGACCCUGCCCAAGAAGGCCGAGAUUGCAAGAGAAUGA